GUUAUAUGUCAACAGAAGGCAUCAGGAGACAGGAAGCUACUAGUCACUAGCUAGCUAGUUGGCUUUGCUAACGUUACUGUUUGCUGACUCGGGUACAUUCUGAAUUCGACAUAUAGUGGGAAAUGUUACUUAUGUAGCUAAGCCAAGACUAAGCACUUUAUUUUUUUCAGUUGGUCUGAAACGCUCAGCCAGUUAGCUUACUUGAGUUGCCUUGCUAGUUAGCGUCAGCUGGCUUGGUAAGUAGCUAGCUUGCUAAUCGCCUUUACUACAAACUACCAUUUCUGUCACUGUGUGCACGUCGACAAUUGAUCAUAACAUGAAUGUGUCAACUUGAAUGUAGCCAGCUAUUUCCACGAGCCAAUGCAAUCCAAUUUGAUUGCCUCUUUCUUUCUGAAUUGGCUCUGGUGAUUGUUGUUAUGCCCAGCUAGCUAGCUAAUAGUACAGCCAUUGUAAGCUCAUUAAUCACAACUGUGUGAUCGUAUUUGUAGGGCAGUCAUCAGCUGUAACAACUGUCAAUACUUGUGACCUGUUGUAUGACUCACAUGUCUUUUGUUUAUUGUGUUUUUACUGUUUUAGUAUUAUUUUCACAAUGUACUCGCAAUUCUGCUUGUUGCUGCCAGUUGUACAAUGUCUUGUUGAAGUAAAACACUUUUUUAUUUUCUCAUACAAACCUAUGUUGUGCACCUGUCAUUGCAGACGUACAUAGCUAUCUACAGUUGUAAACAGUUUGUGUUGUCUGCUCCACGUUCAGAUUGCAGCAGCCUCAAAUCAUGAUGAGUCCGACCCAAUGGGACCUGCCCCCGGAGCUGUGCUGCCGGCCCAUGGCCUUUGUGGCCCUGACCGGGCUGGAUGUAACUUACAACGCCAUCCAUAGGGCAAUCUGGGAUGCCUUCUGUGCCAACAGGAGGGCCGACAGGGUGCCCAUCUCAUUCAAGGUCCUUCCAGGAGACCAUGAAUACCCAAAGUGUAGGACCAAAGUAAGUGCUGCUUGAUGAGGUUGCCCUGUUUACCCACUUACAUAAUUUGUUCUCAUACACAAACAUUUGGGUCGUAGGCACUAAAGCACAACGGUAGCAAAACAGUUACAAAACGGUGUGCAACGGAAAACAACAGAAACAAGCGUUCAGAUAGUAGAUGAGGCUACCUCCCCGUUUCAACCUGUAUGCGUCAUGCCUAUAAGUGAAUACGACCCUGUUUUUGUUUUCUCAGAGAACCUCCUAUGAGUGGUACAUCCCCAAAGGGAUCUUGAAGACAGGAUGGAUGAACAAGCACCUGAACCUGGUGCCUGCCUUGCUGGUACUGUUCUAUGAGCUGGACUGGGAUGAUGCAGUCUGGAAGGAGAAGCAGUCAGAGUGUGCCACUAAAGUAGAGAUUGUCAGGUACUGUAGUACAACUCCUCUGCACUGGUCGUACAUGAAGAUCUACAGUUGAACUCGGAAGUUUACAUACACCUUAGCCAAAUACAUUUAAACAGUUUCACAAUUCCUGACAUUUAAUCCUAGUAAAAAUUCCCAGGUCUUAGGUCAGUUAGGAUCACCACUUUAUUUUAAGAAUGUGAAAUGUCAGAAUAAAAAUAGAGUGAAUUAUUUCAGCUUUUAUUUCUUUCAUCACAUUCCCUGUGGGUCAGAAGUUUACAUACACUCAAUUAGUAUUUGGUAGCAUUGCCUUUAAAUUGUUUAACUUGGGUCAAAUGUUUCCGGUAGCCUUCCACAAGCUUCCCACAGUAAGUUGGGUGAAUUUGGCCCAUUCCUCCUGACAGAGCUGGUGUAACUGAGUCAGGUUUGUAGGCCUCCUUGCUCGCACACGCUUUUUCAGUUCUGCCCACAAAUUGUCUAUAGGAUUGAGGUCAGGGCUUUGUGAUGGCCACUCCAAUACCUUGACUUUGUUGUCCUUAAGCCAUUUUGCCACAACUUUGGAAGUAUGCUUGGGGUCAUUGUCCAUUUGGAAGAGCCAUUUGCGACCAAGCUUUAACUUCCUGACUGAUGUCUUGAGAUGUUGCUUCAAUAUAUCCACAUAAUUUUCCUUCCUCAUGAUGCCAUCUAUUUUGUGAAGUGCACCAGUCCCUCCUGCAGCAAAGCACCCCCACAGCAUGAUGCGGCCACCCCCGUGCUUCACGGUUGGAAUGGUGUUCUUCGGCUUGCAAGCCUUCCCCUUUUUCCUCCAAACAUAAUGAUGGUCAUUAUGGCCAAACAGUUAUAUUUUUGUUUAAUCAGAUCAGAGGACUUUUCUCCAAAAAGUACAAUCUUUGUCCCCAUGCGCAGUUGCAAACCGUAGUCUGGCUUUUUUAUGGCGGUUUUGGAGCAGUGGCUUCUUCCUUGCUGAGUGGCCUUUCAGGUUAUGUCGAUAUAGGACUAGUUUUACUGUGGAUAUAGAUACGUUUGUACCUGUUUCCUCCAGAAUCUUCACAAGGUCCUUUGCUGUUGUUCUGGGAUUUAUUUGCACUUUUUGCACCAAAGUACGUUCAUCUCUAGGAGACAGAAUGCGUCUCCUUCCUGAGCGGUAUGACGGCUGCGUGGUCCCAUGGGGUUUAUACUUGCAUACUAUUGUUUGUACCGAUGAACGUGGUACCUUCAGGCAUUUGGAAAUUGCUCCCAAGGAUGAACCAGACUUGUGGAGGUCAACAAUUUUUUAAAUUUUUUUAUUUUUUUAUUUUAUUUUUCCCCUGAGGUCUUGGCUGAUUUCUUUUGAUUUGCCUAUGAUGUCAAGCAAAGAGGCACUGAGUUUGAAGGUAGGCCUUGAAAUACAUCCACAAGUACACCUCCAAUUGACUCAAAUUAUGUCAAUUAGCCUAUCAGAAGCUUCUAAAGCCAUGACAUCAUUUUCUGGAAUUUUCCAAGCUCUUUAAAGGCACAGUCAACUUAGUGUAUGUAACUUCUGACCCACUGGAAUUGUGAUACAGUGAAUUAUAAAUGAAAUAAUCUGUCUGUAAACAAUUGUUGGAAAAAUUACUUGUGUCAUGCACAAAGUAGAUGUCCUAACCGACUUGCCAAAACGAUAGUUUGUUAACAAGAAAUUUGUGGAGUGGUUGAAAAACGAGUUUUAAUGACUCCAACCCAAGUGUAUGUAAACUUCCGACUUCAACUGUAUAGUGGUGGUUUGUUGAGUUGAAGCAAUGUAUAUCAUGAAUAUGUCAUGUCAUUCACAGAACAAGCCUUCAAGGAAGAAACACCAAGGUUGCAGUUGUCUUAAUUCAGAAGAAAACCCCUCUUCCUCCAGGUAAUUUCAUCUACAGUUCUACAGAGAAUAGAUGUUGAUUGUAGUGUUAGGUUUUAUGAUCAACAUAGCCACAAUAUUACAUCUGUACGACUGACAACCAUGUCAGGACUGUAGGGAUUGUAUUGUGUCACGCAAUGUAUGUUUAGGCUGCAUACUUUGACUCUGACUGAAUUUGUGCUGCUGCCGUCUGUGCCUAGGUGAGGACCUGGUGGCUUCAGAGAGGGCUGCUUCCCUGUGCAAUGCCUGUGACCUGUCUGGGAAGUCUCUCUUCGUCCUCCCUCACACUGAUCACCUGGUGGGCUACAUCAUCAGGUAAGUCAUUCAUCUUGGUGGGAGCCGAGAUCAGCUCAAAUGCCCUGAGCCAAAUGACUGAUAGCCGUGUUGACACCAUCAUCUCCUAAUAUAUUUACAUUACAUGUAUGUUUGCCUUAUCACAAAGCCUCCCAAGAAUGUGUUAUGUACUUAUUGGUUGGAUGCCACUGCAGGCUGGAAAAUGCGUUCUAUGAGCAUGCACAGACCUACUACUACACAGAGAUUAGGAGGGUCAAAUCCCACAAAGAGUUCCUCAACAAAACAACCCAUCAGGUGAGACAUGACAGACAUAUUGUGUAUGUUUUCCUGGUUCCCUAUGAUCUCCACCACCACUAUGUUAAUCGAUAACUCCUCCAAGUCUCUCCAUGUAAUUAUUAUUUUAAUGACUUAAUUUGCAGCUAAGCUAAUGCUGGUUAUUUCACGGCAGUGUCAUCAACCGGUGCAUGUUGUUGUUGUUGCAGUUGCUGUUUGUGAGACACCAGUUUAAGAUUGCAUUCUUCAGUGAGCUCAAGCAAGACACACAGAAUUCGCUAAAGUAAGUCCAACCCAGCUCAACUGGCUCGUGUCGUGCAUAUGAUCAGUCUUACGACGCAGCUCUAGUACUGUCUUGUCACAUCAGUAGUACUGUCUGUCUUGUCACAUCAGUAGUACUGUCUGUCUUGUCACAUCAGUAGUACUGUCUGUCUUGUCACAUCAGUAGUACUGUCUGUCUUGUCACAUCAGUAGUACUGUCUGUCUUGUCACAUCAGUAGUACUGUCUGUCUUGUCACAUCAAUAGUACUGUCUGUCUUGUCACAUCAGUAGUAUUGUCUGUCUUGUCACAUCAGUAGUACUGUCUGUCUUGUCACAUCAGUAGUACUAUCUGUCUUGUCACAUCAGUAGUACUGUCUGUCUUGUCACAUCAGUAGUACUGUCUGUCUUGUCACAUCAUUGGUACCGUCUGUCUUGUCACAUCAUUAGUACUGUCUGUCUUGUCACAUCAAUAGUACUGUCUGUCUUGUCACAUCAUUAGUACUGUCUGUCUUGUCACAUCAUUGGUACCGUCUGUCUUGUCACAUCAGUAGUACUGUCUGUCUUGUCACAUCAUUAGUACCGUCUGUCUUGUCACAUCAUUAGUACUGUCUGUGAUGCAGGUACUACAGGACUGCCUACAGCCUUGUACAUGAGCUGAGAACCCACGAGACCAACAUGCUGGAGAUAAAGGCCAUGGCUGGAUUCAUAAACUACAAGGUGCUUUUAGAUCAUUUUGAACUGUAAUGCAGACAUUGUGCUCCCAACAUAUAGACUUUGCUGUAUACCCUGUUGGGUUACAUGUGUAACAGAACCUCUUUUCUGUUUUCAGAUCUGUCGACUAUGCUUCCAACACAACACACCUUUGGAUGCCAUUGCUCAGUUCAGGAAGCAUAUUGAUCUGUGCAAGAAGAAGAUUGGCAGUGCAGAGCUGGCAUUUGAGCACACAGCCUGGAUGUCCAAGCAGUAAGAAGUCAAUACCCACUUCCCUACCUUUCUUCCCUGAAGCCAUCCUUGGUAAUAACCCAUCUCCACCCAUUUCCUCACUCCCAGGUUCCAGUCUUUUGGUGACCUGUUUGAUGAGGCGAUCAAGCUGGGUCUGACGGCCAUCCAGACUCAGAACCCUGGCUUCUACUACCAGCAGGCUGCCUACUAUGCCCAGGAACGAAAGCAGCAAGCAACUCACCUGUGUGCCCAUGAGGUACGGCAAUGCAUGUGUGACUGAGACAGCUGUCUUUCACAAGACUGCAGAAGCUUAAGAGGGGAACAAUAUAUGUAUAUAGAAACACUAUUGCUGCACUUCCACCACACCGGUGUGCCGCAAGGGUUUUAUGUUAAUGUGUAAUUGUGUGUCCAUCAGGAGUGUGACACUAAAGACUUAGGGUGAGCAGAACCUCUGCAUCAUCAAGACAGUCGUUUUGUGAGAAGAUGUUAUAGUUCACAGUUAGCCAUUGUUAUGUAAAUGACAGCUGAAAGUACCAGUGGCCUGGCUUUGUCCCCAAGUGAGAGCAGGUCCUCCGGAGCCAUGGCCCAGUGAGACACGGGUGCUAGCCCGCGUAGAUGGAAACAGAAAAGUCUGAGCCUUUUGGGUAAAACACUGGGGGAAAUCUCAGAUGGAAUCUCAACAUAUGAGUAUAUCAUUUGUAAUGUAUGGUAUUGAUAUGGACUAAUAUUUUUGUUGAUGUCUGCAUCGUAGAUUCUUCAUGCAGUGCAAUCAUUCUAGCUUACACACAGCAUUACAAUAGUGUCAGAAAGCCUCUAUGCCCCCUCAUGGUAUCCCCACCAUGACAGUUAUCACAUGUUGUGUUCCCCCUCCACAGGCCAGUGUGAGUUCCCCCUCCCCAGACCACCUAGAGACAUCCAGCGGAGCUCUGGACUUCUAUGGGCAGAGAGCCUGGAGGCAAGGCCACCAGAGUGAGUAUGCCCACCUCAACACUGAUCUUUCAGCACUAAAAGUAGCUUUUAUGUGUUUAGACUUGUGUGUACAGAUAUGAUGUUCAGGCGUUGAAACCAAGAAUGCUCUCCUGAUCAGUCUCUCAGUUUCUAAAUAUUUAUUGAAAUAUGUCUUCUUUUGUAUUUGCAGGUAUUGAUCCCCCACACAUGGAGAAGGAGAAAGGAGGGAUCCUGGCACUGCAAAUGAAGGAGAAGGAUGUUCCCCACUCCGUUAGUCCACAUUCACUUAAUCACUCAUUCACUCAUUCACUCAGCACGGCACAGCCAUUCUCAUGUUCUACAAACUGAAGCCUCUCUCAGUGCCUGAAGGCUACACAUUGCUACACAGCGUAGGGCUUGCACGGUACAUGAGUGUAGACCUACAGUAGGUUAACGAUAGAAAGUUCUAACCCUCAUGGUAAAUACACUGACUUUUGUGGAAGAAGGCCAUGCCAGGUUCCCAUGUCAAAGGAGGUUAAGUUUUAUGGUGUAUGACAAUGAAUAAAACCACUAAGCAGCACAAAAGUGAAUUCUGGAUUUGGAUGUGAUUUGGAUGAUACUGCAACAUUAAGAACUGAAAUGACUGGUUUGCUCCAUGAACAGUGAGGAAUAAAUAUAUAUUAACAGCGUUACCAUAUUGCCAGGUCUGAAACAUGUUUUGUUCAGUGGACAUUCAUUUGCAGGGCCAGUUUCUAUACAGUAAACAGAAGGUUCAGUCUUGUGGCACGCUUCACUAGUGAUGUAGGGCAGUAUCUGGUAAUAUGAUUCACUUUUAGGAAGAAUACCAUGAGAACCGCACCAAAGUUUUCUUCAAUUCUUAUGGCAUGGUUGAAAAAGGAGGAAAUUAAGAAAUUAUCAUAGGAUUAUUAAGCCAAGCAAAAUACUGAUUCUUGGUUUAACUUGGUUUAUUAUGCCAAAAGCUACUCUAAGCAAUUUGCUGCUGCUUCCUCAGAUUGAUGCGAAGUUCCAUACAUGUAUUUGAUCUAUAGCUUAAUACUUCACUAGCCCUGAAUGACUUACCCAUAUGCCAUUAUGAUAAGAUCUCUCUUACCAGCCAAUCAUAUUAUCCUUAUUCAGUGCUGUAGUACUCUGUCUUGAGACCACAUAUUGAAUGAUUCGGUCUUAUCUUGGUGUCGGAUACAUUUUUACUCUGUCUUGACUCAGUCUCGGACAACGAGGACCUGUAAUUGCUUUCAGAGACCAGUGGAGUAAAAACUCGACUCGGUCUCGCCCCUCCUGUCUUGGUCUUGACUCUGUCUAGCCACCCCUCCUGUCUUGGUCUUGACUCUGUCUAGCCACCCCUCCUGUCUUGGUCUUGACUCUGUCUAGCCACCCCUCCUGUCUUGGUCUUGACUCUGUCUAGCCACCCCUCCUGUCUUGGUCUUGACUCUGUCUAGCCCCCCUCCAGUCUUGGUCUUGACUCGGUCUCGCCCCCCCUCCGGUCUUGGUCUUGACUCUGUCUAGCCCCCCUCCUGUCUUGGUCUUGACUCUGUCUAGCCCCCCUCCAGUCUUGGUCUUGACUCUGUCUAGCCCUCCCUCCUGUCUUGGUCUUGACUCGGUCUCGCCCCCCCUCCUGUCUUGGUCUUGACUCUGUCUAGCCCCCCUCCUGUCUUGGUCUUGACUCUGUCUAGCCCCCCUCCUGUCUUGGUCUUGACUCUGUCUAGCCCCCCUCCUGUCUUGGUCUUGACUCUGUCUAGCCCCCCUCCAGUCUUGGUCUUGACUCUGUCUAGCCCCCCUCCUGUCUUUGUCUUGACUCUGUCUAGCCCCCCUCCUGUCUUUGUCUUGACUCUGUCUAGCCCCCCUCCUGUCUUUGUCUUGACUCUGUCUAGCCCCCCUCCUGUCUUUGUCUUGACUCUGUCUAGCCCCCCUCCGAUCUUGGUCUUGACUGUCUAGCCCCCCUCAUGUCUUGGUCUUGACUCUGUCUAGCCCCCCUCCAGUCUUGGUCUUGACUCUGUCUAGCCCCCCUCCGGUCUUGGUCUUGACUCUGUCUAGCCACCCCUCCUGUCUUUGUCUUGACUCUGUCUAGCCCCCCUCCGAUCUUGGUCUUGACUCUGUCUAGCCCCCCUCCGGUCUUGGUCUUGACUCUGUCUAGCCCCCCUCCGGUCUUGAAUCGGUCUCGCUUUAGGUGGUCUUGAACACCACACUAUCCCUAUUCCAGAUGCCUUUUCCAAGCAAAGAGUGUGUGUGUGUGUGUCUGUCUGUCUGUGAGUGUGUGUGUGUGUGUGGGAGAGAGUCUCUGAUUGUUCUGUUUGCUGUAUUUCAGGAGCUGAUCAUUGCUCUGCUCAGCAACGCUGUAGCUCAGUUCAAGAAAUACAAGUGUCCUCGGAUGAAGAGCCACCUGAGUGAGUUCUGCCCUGGGCUGAAGGGGGACAGUGAAUUUGGAGCAUAUUGUUACCAUAAGCAUCACUUUUGUGUACGUCUACAUGUACUUAUCAAAGUUGAUUGUCUGUCUGUCUCCAGUGGUGCAGAUGGGAGAGGAGUACAACCAUGCCAAGGACUACACCAAAGCACUAAAGUAAGCCUUACUCAGCAGACACAGUGGGCCAAAAGUCAAAUGUGUUACUAAGUCAAUUAGAGUAUAAUAACAAAUCCCCACUGUCAUUGGGCGCAUGCCUGACUUCUAGAAAAUUACUGGACCAAUUGCAACCAUUGAUGGCCACUACAUUAUCGGCAGCUGAUCUCUCGUUAAACCAGAAAUACGCGCUAAAAUCAUUAUCAUCGGAACAAUUUAAUCCUGCAAUUUGAGGAGACUAAGGGCGAUUUAUCAAUUUGACAAUCAUUCUGUAUAACUGAUAUAAAUUAUUUAUUUUCCUUGUUUACCACGGCAAAUCUACUAUGGCAAUGUAGCCUACCCUACACAUUUUAAGAAUGGAAAAAUCAUGGUGUAGGAUACAUUUUUUGCUUCCAAUUUAUGUAUACAUUAAUGAUUUUACUUGUCUUAAUAAUAUAGCCGGUGGCCAUUUCUUAUCAAGAGGGGAAGAAAGUAUUCCUGAACUGUAGGCUACACAUUUGACAUUUGAAACUAAAUUAUGAUUGUGUUAUUUUUAUCAUAUGAUUGUAUUCUAAUAAAGUUAUUUAAAGUUGCACAAAUUAUAUUAUAAUUGUAAAAAAAUAUAUAUAUAUAUAAUCGCUUAAAAAAAACAUAAAAAUAGCAUACAGAUUUGUCUAUGUGAUUGUCUCUAAGUGAUUGUCUCUACGUGAUUGUCUGUGCGUGAUGAGCUUGUUCAUGGUUAGGCUGGUAGUGAAGAGUAACAUUUCCUAUGUUGUGUGGAUGGCAGAGAUUAUUUAUUUAUUUAUUUAUUUAUUUGUAGAACAACGUGGUAACACUUAAUAGUGAACCUUUAUAUGUUCCUACAGGACUACAGUAAUUACGCCAGUAAGCCUACUCUGGCAUAUUGUACUUUAUUGAAGAAACUAUGUCUGAAUUGGAAAGAAAUGUGGUAGGGAGAGUAGACUAACGUCGUAUUAUUUGGAAGUUGUUAUUUUAACCAAAGAAACAGGUGUAAGGUUCUUUUUGUUUUUUAAUGAUAUUUAAAUUGUCUAUCACAUGUUGUUGCAAUCUAUACCACUUUCAUUUGCAAUAUGGUUAUUCAUUAAGUUUAUUUUCGCAGAAUAGUAGCCUCGAUGUACACAGUGCAUUCGGAAAGUAUUCAGACCCCUUCCCUUUAUCCACAUUAUUUUACGUUACAGCCUUCUAAAAUUGAUUAAAUAAAACUUUUUCCUCAUCGAUCUACACACACUACCACUUAAUGACAACGCUAAAACAGGUUUUUAGAAAUUGUAGCACAUUUAUUUAAAAAAAUACAAAACAGAAAUACCUUAUUUACAUAAGUAUUCAGACCCUUUCCUAUGAGACUCGAAAUUGAGCUCAGGUGCAUCCUGUUUCCAUUGAUCACCCUUGAGAUGUUUCUACAACUUGAUUGGAGUCCAUUUGUGGUAAAUUCAAUUGAUUGGAAAUUAUUUAGACAGGCACACACCUGUCUAUAUAAGGUCCCACAGUUGACAGUGCAUGUCAGAGCAAAAACCAAGCCACGGAAUUGUCCGUAGCGCUCCGAGAAAGCAUUGUGUCGAGGCACAGAUCUGGGGAAGGGUAACAAAAAAAUUCUGCAGCAUUGAAGGUCCCCAAGAACACAAUGGCCUUGGAACCACCAAGACUCUUCCUAGAGCUGGCUGCCCGACCAAACUGAGCAAUCGGGGGCAAAGGGCCUUGGUCAGGGAGGUGACCAAGAAUCCUCUGUGGAGGAUGGGAGAACCUUCCAGAAGGACAACCAUCUCUGCAGCACUCCACCAAUCAGGCCUUUUAUAGUAGAGUGGCCAGACGGAAGCCACUCCUCAGUAAAAGGCACAUGACAGCCCGCUUGGAGACUCUCAGACCAUGAGAAACAAGAUUCUCUGGUCUGAUGAAACCAAGAUUGAGCUCUUUGGCCUGAAUGCCAAGCGUCACGUCUGGAGGAAACCUGGCACCAUCCCUACGGUGAAGCAUGGUGGUGGCAGCAUCAUGCUGUGGGGAUGUUUUUCAGUGGCAGGGACUGGGAGACUAGUCAGGAUCGAGGGAAAGAUGAACAGAGCAAAGUACAGAGAGAUCCUUGAUGAAAACCUGCUCCAGAGCACUCAGGACCUCAGACUGGGGCGAAGGUUCACCUUCCAACAGGACAACGACCUUAAGCACACAGCCAAGACAACGCAGGAGUGGCUUCGGGACAAGUCUCUGAAUGUCCUUGAGUGGCCCAGCCAGAACCUGGAAUUGAACCCGAUCUAACAUCUCUGGAGAGACCUGAAAAUAGCUGUGCCGUGACGCUUCCCAUCCAACCUGACAGAGCUUGAGAGGAUCUGCAGAGAAGAAUGGGAGAAACUCCCCAAAUACAGGUGUGCCAAGCUUGUAGCGUUAUACCCAAGAAGACUCAAGGCUGUAAUCGCUGCCAAAUGUGCUUCAACAAAGUACUGAGUAAAGGGUCUGAAUACUUAUGUAAAUUUGAUAUUUCUGUGUUUUUGAUUUGUCAUUAUGGGGUAUUGUGUGUAGAUUGAGGGGAAAAACGAUUUAAUCCAUUUUAGAAUAAGGCUGUAACGUAACAAAAUGUGGAAAAAGUCACAUUUCCAGUCAAGUCAUUUUAUUUCCGUUUUAAUAUGUCAUUCUUCCAUUUCUCAUUUCAUAUUUCAAUGUCAUUGUUCCUGAUAGGAUGUUACUUCAUUGGGUUGGGAGUAGUGAACGCAGACAAUGACCAUUUCUGCUGUAUAGUAUCAAGCCAACUUGACACCGUAACAACGGCAGAUCAACUGGUCUGCUAAUUAAAUCUGCUGUUCUUUUUCCGUUGCAACCAUGGUUAUUUUAGUUUGGAGCUCCGUGUAAUCUCCUGUUUAGUAGCGUGUUAAGAAAUACAGCGGUAAUCUGCAGAUGCGCGUUCUUCGUUGCAAUGCAGCCACUAUGACUAGACAAUUUCUUAUUGUCAUAAGUCCUGAAAGAACAUAAUUUGCCCCUUCAUGGUUGCUGACAAUUUAUUGAAGUCGUUGUUUGCCAUGCAUUCCAGUAAUUAUGCCAUAACUCUCUUUUAUAUUGGCAGUCAAAGCUGCAAUAUUAUACAUGUGAUUAGAUUGAAUAAUUAAACGUUUUAGAUAAGUGAAUCAUUGUGAAACUUACCUAGCUAUGUUGGUCUGUGUGUCUAUGUGCAGACUGCUGGACUAUGUGAUGUGUGACUACCGUACAGAGCGCUGGUGGAGCCUGCUCACCUCCAUCCUGAGCACAGCGCUACGGUGCUCCUACCUGAUGGCCCACGUCAAGGACUACAUCACCUACUCCAUGGAGCUGGUCGGACGAGGUACACUACGGUAUAGGACAGUAUAGUACAGGACAGUAUUGUAUAGUACAGGACAGUAUUGUAUAUGACAGGACAGUAUAGUAUUUUUUUAUUUUACCUUUAUUUAACUAGGCAAGUCAGUUAAGAACAAAUUCUUAUUUACAAUGACGGCCUACACCGGCCAAAUCCGGAUGCUGCGCCGCCCUAUGGGACUCCCAAUCACGGCCGGUUGUGAUACAGCCUGGAAUCGAACCAGGGGGUCUGUAGUGACACCUCAAGCACUGAGAUGCAUGCAGUGCCUUAGACCGCUGCGCCACUCGGGAGUAUAGGACAGUAUUGUGUAGUACAGUAGGACAGUAUUGUGUAGUACAGGACACUCUUCAACUGCACCCAGCUCUCCCCAGAUUACAUUUUCUGGGCUACUGAUUUAGUCAGUUUAGUAUGUUGCCUAUUUUCAAUCUUCAGUUUGUUUAGAGCCUGGCCAUCACCUUAUCAAGAGCAGCAGAAGUCCAUAUUCAUUUACAUUUUUCCAUAAGUUCCCAUUUUUCUAUUCCUCCAGCUUCUACUCUACGGGAGGAGCAGAAAUCCAGGAUUGAGAAGAAUCUCAUCAAGGUCCUGAUGGUGAGUUGAGGAAAUGGCACCUGUCACAUCACCCCAUGUUCAUGUGACUGUUUAGCCCCUGUUCUGUGGAUGUUAAAGCUGAGCCUGUGUCUGUGUUCAUAGAACGAGGUCCCAGAAGCAGAGCCAGAUUGUGACCAGGCCUCAGCCAAGGCUGCCCAGGCCCUGUGGAGUGACCGCAUGUCUCUGGCUGGCAGCAACGUGUUCACCAUCGAGGUGCAGGACUACGUGCCCUUUGGUUAGUAUACCUCUACAGUAUACCUCUACAGUAUACCUCUACAGUAUACCUCUACAGUACACCUAUACAGUACACCUCUACAGUAUACCUACCGAGAUCAGUCAAUGAUGCAUCAAGAUCUUAAACGAUACAAGAGAAAUUCUGUGAACAGUCCACCUAACAUAUACCAUCAAUCUGCCCCAUAAAUGUGUCUUUCCAGUCCAGUGCAAGGCCAAGUUCCUGUCCCCUAGUUUCCACGUGGAUGACCCAGUCCAGCUGCAUGUCUACCUGAGGGCUGACUGCCCUCACCCUGUCCGCUUCUCUAAGCUAUGUGUCAGCCUCAGCAACCAGGUACUGACCCACUACAUAACUCUACCACCCCACCGCAACCCAUACAGGUACAACCAGGUACUGACCCACUACAUAACUCUACCACCCCACCGCAACCCAUACAGGUACAACCAGGUACUGACCCACUACAUAACUCUACCACCCCACCGCAACCCAUACAGGUACAACCAGGUACUGACCCACUACAUAACUCUACCACCCCACCGCAACCCAUACAGGUACAACCAGGUACUGACCCACUACAUAACUCUACCACCCCACCGCAACCCAUACAGGUACAACCAGGUACUGACCCACUACAUAACUCUACCACCCCACCGCAACCCAUACAGGUACAACCAGGUACUGACCCACUACAUAACUCUACCACCCCACCGCAACCCAUACAGGUACAACCAGGUACUGACCCACUACAUAACUCUACCACCCCACCGCAACCCAUACAGGUACAACCAGGUACUGACCCACUACAUAACUCUACCACCCCACCGCAACCCAUACAGGUACAACCAGGUACUGACCCACUACAUAACUCUACCACCCCACCGCAACCCAUACAGGUACAACCAGGUACUGACCCACUACAUAACUCUACCACCCCACCGCAACCCAUACAGGUACAACCAGGUACUGACCCACUACAUAACUCUACCACCACACCACAACCCAUACAGGUACAACCAGGUACUGACCCACUACAUAACUCUACCACCCCACCGCAACCCAUACAGGUACAACCAGGUACUGACCCACUACAUAACUCUACCACCACACCACAACCCAUACAUGUACAACCAGGUACUCACAACCCUCCCUCCUCUCACCACCCAGCCACCCCUGACCCAUACCACCCAUUGAGAUACAAUCAGUUUUAUACCGACUCUCUGCUGACUCUCAGGUGACUCUGACGACUCUGGUGGCUCUCUGUUGACGGCUCUCUGUUGACGGCUCUCUGUUGACGGCUCUCUGACGGCUCUCUGUUGACGGCUCUCUGACGGCUCUCUGUUGACGGCUCUCUGUUGACGGCUCUCUGGUGGCUUUCUGUCCUUCUUCAGGAGUAUAACCAGUUGUGUGUGGUAGAGGAGCCGUGUAAGUCUCAGGAUAUCCUAGAGGCCUCCAGUCAAGAGAACAUGUGCCUGGUCCCUGGCAAGACACGCAUAUACAGCUUCAAGUUUGUGGCUAAAACUGAGGACGUGGGGAAGAAGAUAGAGGUAAGGAAAAAUGAGUGUCAGUCGGGUGUCCUAAACUAUGCUGUACUGGCAUAGCAGACACACAGAUUUAACAUAAUGAAGAGCAUCACAUUUGACCUGUGAUCUAUCUUAUGGAUUUGUGCACACUGUGUGUAACUUUGUGUUUAACUUUGUGUGUGUGUGUGUGUUAGAUCACAGCGGUGGACCUGAUGCUGGGCAGUGAUAAUGGCCGCUGCGUCUUCCUCAACUGGCGAGGCGGGGGAGGAGACGCUGCUUCGUCCCAGGAAGCUCUACUGGCGGCCAGGUCCUUUAAGAGCAGGGGUCGUGUCCCAGAGCAGCAUGUGGAAUGGGACAACGUAUCCAUCCAGGCCAACACCAUGUGAGACUCCAUAGUGUUCAGUUUAAUCACACUAUGUCAUGUCACCAUGUCAUGUCACCGAUUUACAAGAUCCAAGAAUGAAAUGCUUCACUGUCUGCACAACAAGUUAGAGCGACACUUUCCAUAACGCACCGCAACAUUCUAAGUAACAGGAGCUGUGAUACUGUACCUUGCCAUUGCGUGUAUGGCGUUGUUUACUAAGUCUCUGGUUAAACUAACCAGUUAAAACGAAGAUAAUUAGCUCACAGCACAGGUGUCAGAGGAAAAUGUCGGCCUUUGUUUUUUCACACAAACAAGUUCAAAACAUAGUUGAGUUGGUAACAGACGGUGCGUCAUCCUAAUCUGACAAUGUGUUUUGUUUUUCAGGAUAAUCUCCCGCAUUCCCAAGAUCUCAGUUCAGCUGAGUCACGAGCCCCCUGCUCUGAACAACGAGAUGUACCGCAUCACUGUCUCCAUCCAGUCCAACGAGGAGACCGUGACCAAAGACGUCAAACUCACUGCCGGACUCAAACCAGGUAGGCAGCAUUACAACGAAACUGCUUGACACAGCACAGGAUAGAACCAUGGAAACAGAAUUCUUAGAAUGGGACUUGAAUGGGAAAUCUCAGUUCAAGGAUCUUACAGCACAGCAUUGGGGAAAACACUGACAUACAUUGGUUAGGUAUCACAAGCUUUAUUUGUCCCACCACCUUGUUAAGGUCAGGAUGCAAACCUCACACAGUCCACCCAUGUGACCCUGAACGGUUUGGAGAUGUGUGACGAGUCCCAUCCUGCACUGCUUCCAGACAUUGCCAUUGGAGACCUCCAGCCGGGAGAAAAGGUACAUUCUCUCCCCACCCACCCUCAGGCCUGCACAACCUUACUGUCCAUCAUGAAAAAAGCAUGGCCAAUGGAGAAUCUCCAUUAAAAUAGCUUUUUAGGCCAUGACUAGGCUUAAUCUGUGUCCAGGAAACCAGCCCGUCUUGUUUUACUGAGAUCUCUAUUCCCUCUAAAGUGCCCUAUGGGCCCUGGUCAAAAGUAGUGCACUAUAUAGGGAAUUUGUACUAAUCAUUCUAUCUCUGUUGAACAGGUUGAGAAGUGUCUGUAUGUUCGCUGUGUCACCACUGGCACCAGAAUCUUCCUGUUCCAUGUAGCCUAUGCCUUGAGCACCAAGGUGGAGGGCAAAGACAUCACCUGCAAGUGUCACAAAGUGAGUUUGCGCACCCAAACCUCACUCAUUGGUAGUUUCAGUAAUUGUAACUUGUGUCCAUAAAUAUUUAUGAAAUUAACUGUUUGUUGACCAUGGUUUUCUUUUUUGUAGGAUGAAACCGUUACCAUAGAAACCAUUGUUCCAUUUGAAGUUGCUGUGAAGUUUGUAUCCACAAAGGUUUGUUAACUUUUUUCCUCUAUUGAUGUUGUUGGCAUUGUUGUGCAAAUGUGGUUUUGAAUGCAGUUUUAAUGUUGUUUUGAAUGCAGUUUUAAUGUUGUUUUGAGUGCCGUUUGGAUGUUGUUUUGAGUGCAGUUUUAAUGUUGUUUUGAGUGCAGUUUUAAUGUUGUUUUGAGUGCCGUUUGGAUGUUGUUUUGAGUGCAGUUUUAAUGUUGUUUUGAGUGCCGUUUGGAUGUUGUUUUGAGUGCUGUUUGGAUGUUGUUUUGAGUGCAGUUUUAAUGUUGUUUUGAGUGCAGUUUUUUUGUUCAGUGUUGGUAAGUCAAAGCUUGUCAGUGUAGCGACUUCAGUGAUAAUGGCUAAUUUUGGGUUUCAGUUUGAGCACUUGGAUAGGGUGUAUGUGGACAUCCCCUUUCUGCUGAUGACGGACAUCCUGAGUGCGUCCCCCUGGCCUCUACACCUGGUGACCAGCCAGCUGCAGCUGGCCCCCACCAUGGCUGCCAUGGACCAGCCCCAGUCCCAGGUGGAGCAGGGUACGACACCACCGCCUCUAUGGUUGGGGCCCUAUUCCCUCUAAAGUGCCCUAUGGGCCCUGGUCAAAAGUAGUGCAAUAUACAGGGAAUUUGGUAUGCACGCUAAAUCUCCCUCUGACAUAGCUCUGCAGGGGAAGCCUCACCAUCUAAGACCACAUACUCUAAUGAACCCAGUCGUUGUGGUUUCACAGUGGUAUUGUGUAGGCUUUACCACUAUAGAGUUGGUGUAUAAGUCGUUUGUAGCAUAGAACACACCUCUGUUCCUUGUAGCCUAACCUUCAGGUUUGGUUGUUGUUUUCCACCAGUGAUGCUGCAGACAGGUGAAUGUGCCAGCGAGUGUUUCAGCCUCCAGUGUCCCCCUGUGCUCAACGGGACGAGCAGUGUGGCGUCUGGACAGUACCUCAUCUCCUGGAAGAGGUGUGUCUGCUUGACUCCAGCCUGCCGUUCUCCUCUUCUCUGCUCUGACAUUUUUCCUCUUGUCAAGCACAAUGGGAAAUUCACAAAGUCAAGACAUUUUCUUUUCCUGAAGCUUUAACCCAUUGCAUUUGCAUCGCUAUUUCAGGAAAUCUUCUUGUGCAGAUGCACCUGUUGUGACGACAGUUGUCACCCUUCCCCAUGUGAUGGUGGAGACCAUUCCUCUAUAUGUUCAUGCAGGUACAGCAUGUGUUGAUCUUGAUCUGAAUGAUGUAUUAUUUUCAAAGUUGAGUCUAAAGAUAAUUGAUAUGUCAGUUUUCCAGUUGUUCUGUCCCAUUCAGAUGUAGAUAGCAAUGGUUCCCUGUGUUUGGUGGUUACAGAGCUGCCGUCAUUUGGAAGGGUGCGGGAGUCUAUGCCAGUGAGGUACCACAUCCAGAACCGGACGGGGCUGGUCCAGGACGUGGAGAUGUCUGUGGAACCCAGCGAUGCCUUCAUGUUCUCUGGCCUCAAGCAGGUGGGUUUCUGCUCCAUGCCCUCCCCAACUCCCCCUUCGUAAACACAUCAAACAAACUUGAAAGUAGCACAAACUUAGACAUUGUUACACACUGGCUUUCACUGCAACCGUGAUUUGAUCUUUCAAUUUCUGUGCAACUCAGCAAAGAGUCCACUACGAGCCUGCUACAAUUUUGAGUACUAUUGUGAGAUUCCAUACAGCUUGAGCGCAGAAUUGAGUGCAGAACAGUGCAGUAGUUCCAAGCAGACAACUAUAUGUACUAGACUCCUUAUUGUUGUCAGUUCAACAUGCAAGCCCAGGGUACAAAUUAACUGAGUGCCAGACUUGACACUGGUUGGUUUUGAGGCUGGAGUUUCCACCAUUAUUUGUAUUCCAAUUUAAACUGCUGCCUAACAACAAAUGUAGUAGAGAAUGAUGGUUUUCAUUCAGAAUUAGACUAGAAUAGACCAUACCAUUUGAGGACCCAUGUGGUCUCCAGUCUCUUGCCCUACAUGUCCUGAGUGUCACGGUGUUUCCCCAGGUGCGUCUGAGGAUCCUGCCUGGAGCGGAGCAGGAGAUGUUGUAUAACUUCUACCCUCUGAUGGCAGGGUACCAGAGCCUUCCCCAGCUCAACAUCAGCCUGCUGCGCUUCCCUGCCGUGUCCGGACAGCUGCUCCGACGCUUCCUCCCCUCACGCAUCUUUGUCAAGGUACGCUUAGCUUACAACCCAAAGAAAUAGAAUGAGGCGACUUCUUCUCUAUUCAUUCCAAUUCUAUGUUAGCACCCACUAGCCUCUGCCUGACUACAUGGCAUACUCUGUAGAUCCAUCUCAGUGUUAGCUGCAGCACUGUUAACUGACAGUAAUAUUGAUUCUUGGGGUCACUUAGAAAUGUCCUUGUUUUUGAAAGAAAAUCAAUUUUUUUGUCCAUUAAAAUAACAUUAAAUUGAUCAGAAAUACAGUGUAUACAUUGUUAAUGUUGUAAAUGGCUAUUGUAGCUGGAAACGGCAGAUUUUUAAUGGAAUAUCUACAAAGGCGUACAGAGGCCCAUUAUCAGCAACCAUCAGUCCUGUGUUUACUAAUCCAAGUGGCCAGAAACAAAGAACUUUCUUCUGAAACUCGUCAGUCUAUUCUCGUUCUGAGAAAUUAAGGCUAUUCCAUGCGAGAAAUUGCCAAGAAACUGAAGAUCUCGUACAACGCUGUGCACUACUCCCUUCACAGAACAGCACAAACUGUCUCUAACCAGAAUAUAAAGAGGAGUGGGAGGCCCCGGUGCACAACUGAGCAAGAGGACAAAUACAUUAGUGUCUAGUUUGAGAAACAGACACCUCACAGGUCCUCAACUGGCAGCUUCAUUAAAUAGUGCCCGCAAAACACCAGUCUCAACGUCAACAGUGAAGAGGCGACUCCGGGAUGCUGACCUUCUAGGCAGAUUUGCAAAGAAAAAGUCCAGUGUCUGUGUUCUUUUGCCUAUCUUAAUCUUUAUUUUUAUUGGCCUGUCUGAGAUAUGGCUUUUUCUUUACAACUCUGAAGGUCAGCAUCCCGGAGUCGCCUCUUCACUGUUGACGUUGAGACUGGUGUUUUGCGGACACUAUUUAAUGAAGCUGCCAGUUGAGGACCUGUGAGGUGUCUGUUUCUCAAACUAGACACUAAUGUAUUUGUCCUCUUGCUCAGUUGUGCACCGGGGCCUCCCACUCCUCUUUAUAUUCUGGUUAGAGACAGUUUGUGCUGUUCUGUGAAGGGAGUAGUGCACAGCGUUGUACGAGAUCUUCAGUUUCUUGGCAAUUUCUCGCAUGGAAUAGCCUUAAUUUCUCAGAACGAGAAUAGACUGACGAGUUUCAGAAGAAAGUUCUUUGUUUCUGGCCACUUGGAUUAGUAAACACAGGACUGAUGGUUGCUGAUAAUGGGCCUCUGUACGCCUAUGUAGAUAUUCCAUUAAAAAUCAGCCGUUUCCAGCUACAAUAGCCAUUUACAACAUUAACAAUGUCUACACUGUAUUUCUGAUCAAUUUGAUGUUAUUUUAAUGGACAAAAAAAAUGCUUUUCUUUCGAAAACAAGGACAUUUCUAAGUGACCCCAAACUUUUGAACGGUAGUGUACAAAGAAUACAGUUGUAAAAUUAACUAACUUAAACUCUAAAUUCACCUUCCAUCAACCAGUGAAGUGUACACAUAUUACUGUUUGCGUAGACUCUAAGUAGUGCAAAAUCAGUGAAGUAUCCUGAUACUUAUUUUAUUUUACAUAUUUCAGCCCCAGGGCCGACAAGCAGACGAUGCCUCCAUUGCAGCGGCUUGAAAUCCAUAACACCACCCCACUACUGAGUGAAUACUAAUUUAACUGAAACACAUCUCUCACCUAUUGGGCUCAACUGGAAAACUUUGCCCCACAGUAUCACAGAUGCAUUCAGUUUUUGACCUUCUGUAAAUCAUGCUUUUAAAAUGCGUUAACUACAAUAGUUUACUAUAUAAUCUUUAUUGAUCCGUAACUGAUUCAUAUUGUUGCUUGCAGAUCUAAAACCAUAGGCUGUUGUUAUCAUGUCCUGUAGCUGUUACACAGGGUGCGUUUGUAAAUUCACUCUGGCUAUCUACUCCGAUUUCAGAGCACUCUCGACUGAGUGUGCCAGAGCGCAGAAUAACUGAUGGAUUUCUGAACGCGCAACACACGCAGAAUAUGAACGGUGUCAGUAAAUGUUGGCAAAGAACAUUAUUAAAUUGUUGCCAGCAG